UCUUGACAUUUUGCAUACGCUUUUUCUGGCUUCCUUCUCGACGAAGUUUGACAAUUCAGCGUUUAAUUUGCAAAAACUCGAAAAGACUUUCAUUCAUUUCAUUUUUUUAAUAAAUUCUAUUAGCUUAAAAAGUAUACAUUUAAAAUGUCUGAGAAUAAUGAUACCUCCAACGAAUCAAACAGUCUUGGUAGCGAUUCAAUUUUGCAGUCAUCGCGGUUAACUGGCGGUGGUGUAAAUCCGGUUAUACGCUCGGGAGUAUUGCGACCGUCAGUACUUGGUCCUUCAGUUUUGGGUGCAGCAGCGCUGAGCAACAGCAACAACAAUUCGCUUGCCAAUGUGAAUGCAAAUUCGAUUUCCAAUUCAACAGCUACUAGUAAUAAUGGUGAUGACGAAGAGGACUCUGUAAGCAGCACAACCAAUCAUAAUCCUUUCAUGCGGGAACAGAAGGACGAUGAGGAGGAGGAGGAGAGCACAGAAAAUGAUUCGAAUGCUGCAGAAGGAGCUGUUGGAGGCGAAGCAACCAAUGAGAAGACGACGGAAGACAAAAAGUCGGCAGACGAUGAUGAACCAGAUGAACGGUCCGAUCCUUUAAGCUUGCUUCGCAAAAAUGGGCUCGAACGAUCAAAUCUUUUUGCCGCGGCCAAAAGCUCUAUGCCGCUGGUGGAAAAAUCAGGUUUUGUUUUUGGACAAAAUGUGCAUGAACGUGUUGUUGGGGAGAAUAUUAAUCCUGAUGGUGUACAGAAAGCAGACAAUUCCGAGGCAAGCUGUUCUACUACUGGAGAAUUGCUGUUUUCAAGUGUUAUACAAAAUGCAGCAAAGGCAGUGGAGUCUGACAAAGGUGCCACGCCAAAAGAGAAUGAAACAAAGACACUAACCGAUGUAGCGCGUGAAUACGAAGAAAGUCGUGCUCAGAAGCGCAAAUACGAGGAGGUGGAAACAUUCACAGGCGAAGAGAAUGAAAUAAAUAUUGUCGAUGUAAAUUGUAAGUUAUUUGCCUUCGUCAACAGCAACUGGGAAGAGCGCGGGCGUGGCAGUCUUCGUUUGAAUGACUCUAAAAAUGAGCAAGAAUGCUCUCGAGUUGUGUUUAGAACAUCGGGCAAUCUGCGCCUUUUGCUUAAUACAAAAGUUUGGGCUGGUAUGGUAGCUCAACGUCCAAGCAACAAAUCACUGCGCCUUACUGCAAUGGACAAUACUGGUAAAAUCAAAAUAUUUUUAGUGAUGGGGCGUCCGGCGGACAUGGCGCUACUACAUAAAGAAUUAUUAGAGAGAAUCGAACUCCGAAAAGUAUCACAUCCAGAAGAAUGCCGUGCGCCGACAGAAACGAAAAAUGGAAUAGGAUCAACAGCCAAUCAUGAAGAGGAGGCAAAAGAAGCUGAAGCCACCGCUGUACCAGAUCACGAAGAUUGCACAGAGCCAAGUCCCAAAAAGCCAUUGGUUAAUGAGGGAAAGAACUAAUACACCGUUUUUAUAAAACAAAAAAGAAAAUUAAUAAAAAUAAUAAACUCUUAAUUUAUAUUUUGGAAAAGAAAAAAAUGUAAUAAGUAUUUGAAGAAUUGAAAAUGAAUGCACACAACAUGGACUGCAUAAAUCCUGUUAAUGAAUUUUAAAAAAACUCAAUAUGUCCAAAUUCAGCGAAAAACUGAUAAAGUAACGGUUAUGGCUAAAGCGAAACAUUGAUUUCUUUUGUACCGUAUAAACAACAACGAAUUACACAGCGCAGUAGAAAUGUUUUCUAGAUCCAACUGGCAGUUAUACACAACUGUUUAUAAAUAUUUACUAGAUAGUUAGUAGGCGGUAGGAAAAGGUUCGAGCUCAGCGCCAAAAUAUGCAAUGUUGCUGAGUUUUAAUUAAAUUUAUCAGUGAAUAACGUGAUUUACCAAUUUUAUUUGUAGGCGUUUUGCGAAUUUCCAAUUCAAAAACGUUUCUCAUAUGCAUAAAUUUAAUUUAUGAUUUUACCUACCAAACAUACAAAAAAUGCAAAUCUCCAAUCAUAUCAUUUCUCUAUUGCAUGUGCUUUAUGUGUGGGAUAUUUCAUUUAUUUUCUAUUAUUAAGCUACCUACCGAUUUUCCAUACAUUUGUGCUCUGCAUAUAAACUACAACAAUAAUAUGUUUAUAUAUAUUUUUAAUAAUGAAUUGUAGUAUAAAUGAAAGCAAAGUUGAAAACAAAGAAUAUUUGAAAAGCAUUUGGAAGAAGAAGCAAAUAAAAUGAAAUAAAUUUAGAUUUCUGUUCCUUACAUAACAAUAAAAACUGGUCAUUUUAUUCAUUAUUGAGCAUGUGGAAGUGGAACAAAUGGCAUUGCAAGCACUUUACUUUGAUUGUACUUUUCUUUGAAGAUUUUGGACGUGGUUUACAAUUAUGUAUCAACCUGAAGCUGCUACUGGUUGCUAAUAAUCUUGAAAUUAGAAGCUGAUAGUGGUUUCUGUUAAGCGUUUCCUUUACGCAGGAAGUUGGUGCGAACAACUUGAUUGUCCAUUGUUCCUUCUACCUUGAAAAUGCUGUUAUCAAACUCAUCAGUCGUUCGAAAUUUGGGUAGUUUUGUUAGCUCAGUUGAUUUUGGAUGUUGGCCUUUUGCGAAUUUACACAAAUUAGGUGCUUUGUGUUAAUAGCAACAACUAAAGCUUCACAUUUAAACGAACAAAUCAGCGGCACAUUUUUUACUUACCGAGUAUUUGUUCAAUUCACAACCUGUCAUAAAGCAUCGUAAAAUCGUAAAAUUAUAAAUUUUUACUUACCGAGAAUCUUUCCGUAAAACACUUUUAAAGAUCGGAAAUGCAUUUUGUUAUUUUUUUAAUAGUAAAAAUAUGUAUUCUAUUACAUUCUAUUGAUUUUCUUCUUAUUUUCGUCAACUCUUCUAGCCGUCUACACUACUCAUUUAUAUGUAUAGUAUGUAUGUAUAUGCACUAAACAAAUGCUGCAUACAAUAUAACAAUCACUACUUGAAAUUUAAAAAUUUUCACCACACUGGGUGUCAAAGAGGGUAUAUUUAUUGCACAAGCGAACAUUAUAGAUGUACGUAUAAUUAAGGGCAUGCAAUUUUCUUGGUUCAAUAAGCAAAAAAAAAAAAUUAUAUAUAUACAUGUUUAUUUCCUUCGAAUUGACACAUUUUAAUUUAUCGACAAUUAUUUGCUAUAAGAAGUUACACGCUUUUUACAUGAUAUACCUACACAUCUUACAUAAUUUGUAUAUUAAUAAGUUAAAUCAUUUGAUUUUACAACCUUACAAGAAAUAAUUAAUAUGACUUAAAAUACUUUCUACAAUUUAUUUAUUUUUUUUU